AUGGACUCGUACACCGACGAUCCCGUCUCGUCAACCAGCGACGACCAGAAGAAAUGGACAGUCAAGUCUUUUGUUCGCCAGGCUCAUCGUUCGCAUAAUCGUGUUCCUGGAAUUAGAAAGGUUCCUCUGCGCGCUAUUGCCAUCAUUGCUUUUAUUGCGUUUUUGAACGUGGUGGUGUGGAUUGCUGCGGCGAUUGUUUUGGCUAUCGACUUGAUGACCCGAAGACUGCUAGCAACCGGCCAGAAAGCCGUCUCUGUGGGCACAUUCUUCUCCCUCGGCCACUCCACAAUCGUCAUCAUCACAUCCAUCGUGGUGGCUGCUACCGCUGCGGCGGUGUCAUCCCGCUUCGACAGCUUCAGCACUAUCGGCGGUAUCAUCGGUACCUCUGUCAGUGCGGCUUUCUUGAUCCUCCUCGGUCUGAUGAAUGGGUACAUCCUCUACAAGCUCAUCAGGCAAAUGAAAAAGGUCUUUACGCUCCCUGAAGGCCAGGAAGAUGAGAUUUGGAAGAUUGAGGGUGGUGGCAUUUUAUUCUCUGUUCUGAAGAAGAUGUUUAAGCUGAUUGAUCGUCCGUGGAAAAUGUACCCUUUGGGAAUUCUGUUCGGUCUUGGAUUCGACACGUCCUCUGAAAUUGCGCUUCUGGGUAUCUCAUCCGUGCAAGCUGCAAAGGGUACCAACUUUUGGGUUAUUCUCAUCUUUCCCGUUCUUUUUACUGCUGGAAUGUGUCUCCUCGACACCAUCGACGGCGCUCUAAUGCUCUCCCUCUACAUCCAACCCGCCGCCAACUUCCUCCCCCAAAAGCGCGACAGCGUGUCCUCCACAGACCCCCUCACAGGCGGGCCCUACGAGGACGACAACGCCAACGCCAACGCCAACGAAAUCGACACCGAGAACGCCCCCAACGAAAUAGAAAACCAAGAACCCAAAAACCACCGCGACCCCAUCGCCUUCUUAUACUACUCCAUCGUGCUGACCGUUUUGACCGUCAUCGUCGCCGUCGUUAUUGGCGUUAUCCAGCUGCUUACUCUCGUGCUUAAUGUGGCUAACCCGACUGGUAAAUUCUGGGAUGGCGUGCAGACAGCCGGCGAUUACUAUGAUGCCAUCGGUGGUGGGAUUUGCGGGUGUUUCCUUAUUAUUGGUGGAUUGAGUGUUGUUGCGUAUAAGCCGUGGAGGAGAUGGAUGGCGAGGAAGUAUGGGAAGAAUGUCGUUGUUGCGAAUGUUGAGGGCGGAUAUCGGGAUGAGGCUCCUGAGGGAGAUGGAAAUGAUGGAACCCCGGCCAGCCCUCCCAGCUUCUCUUCAUGUCCACCCAUCUUUGUCCUUUCAACCCACUUGAGCUUGGAAGAGCUACAUGCAGUAGAGGACAGCCUCGUCAAAAGAGGUGCAUGUCUGACAUAUGACGUCUCCGAGGCGAGGCUGGUCCUUGGGAGAAUCGGACAGAAGAAGCGUGCUGCUCUGGAGCUGCGAUCUCGCGGUGUCUGGACCGAGGAGGCUGCCUUACCCUCUAGCCCUGAACCACCUUCGAAACGAAGACGGAUAGGACAUUCCCAGGAAGAGAGGUCCGCUGCAGGACCUGAAGGUGGUGGUUUGAGUACCGAGACAGAAAGCGAGGAAGAUGGAGCGAAGAGUCAGCAUGAUUUGAGCAAACAUCUCAGAAAGCCCAAGUCUUUGCCUUUUCAUGACCAGUCUGUUGACAUCAAGGUGGUCAAACUUGAGUGGCUGGAUAGAUCGAUUGAAACAGAAGAACUUCUACCCAUUGAUCCGUUCAUCGUGUACCAGGCUCGCAAGAUCGAGCCUCCCAAGACAAAUCCCGCGGAUGGAAGCCGGGUUAUUCAACGAGCAAAAGAAGAUGCAGUAUUCAAGCCCCCAGCUAUACCCCCAUCCGGUCGUCGAGUGAAAGAACCCCAUGACGGAACCGCUAGUCAGCAUAAACCUCCAAAGCUGUACCGGCAGACAACAUCCGAACACGAUGAAGCUGUUCCGCUUCCUCCUGAGCCUGACUGGGUCAAAGACCAUGUGCUCUACGCGUGCAUGCGCUCUGCGCCGCUUAACCCACCCAACAAAGACUUCAUUGCACAGCUGGUGAAAAUCAGGACCAUACGGGAGCUUACAUUAGAUGAGAUCGGGGUUCGAGCUUAUAGCACAUCCAUUGCAGCUAUAGCUGCUUAUCCAUAUAAGUUCCAGCGAGGAUCGGAAGUUUUGUCGCUGCCAGGAUGCGACGCUAAGAUUGCGAAUCUGUUUUCCGAGUUCAAAAACAGUACCCACGGCACCAUCCCAGCUGCACAGUCCCUCGACACCGACCCGGACUUGAGAAUCUUGAAUGAAUUAUAUAGAAUCUGGGGCGUGGGAGCCAAGACAGCCCGCGACUUUUACUACGCAAGGCACUGGCGAGACCUUGACGACGUGAUCGAACACGGCUGGGAUAGUCUUUCCCGCGUACAGCAGAUAGGCGUCAAAUACUACGACGAGUUUCUAGAAGGAAUACCCCGAGCCCAAGUCGAAGAAAUAGCCCAAACCGUCCGGCGACACGCAAACCUCGUGCGCCCAAAUGCCUCAUACGACGGACGAGGCGUCGAAUGCGUGAUCGUGGGCGGAUAUCGACGAGGCAAAGAAAGCUCCGGCGACGUCGACCUGGUCCUCAGCCACCGCGACGAAUCCAUAACCAAGAACCUAGUCGUCGACAUCGUCAGCAGUCUCGAGACCGAAGGCUGGGUCACACAUACACUAGCCCUGAACCUUUCGACCUCCAUGCGCGAUCAACAAACCCUCCCUUUCACCGGCGACGAUGCAGGGAAACACUUCGACAGUCUAGAUAAAGCCCUGGUAGUAUGGCAAGACCCAAACUUUGACGACGACCACGACAACAAGCCAUCCCAUGCAUCAGAAGACCACGAUGAGAAACACCGCCAGCGCAGAAAACGCAAUCCUAACCCCCAUCGGCGCGUGGAUAUCAUCAUCUCCCCCUGGCGCACUGUUGGAUGCGCCGUGCUGGGCUGGUCGGGUGAUAAAACCUUUGAGCGCGAUCUGCGACGGUAUGCGAAGAAGGCGCACGGGUGGAAAUUCGAUUCGAGUGGGGUGCGAGAACGGACGAGUGGUGGGCAGGCUCUCGAUCUUGAGCGUGGUGGAGAGACCUGGGAGGAGAGGGAGAAGCUGGUCAUGGAGGCAAUAGGGGUGGGAUGGAGGCCAGCAGAGGAAAGAUGUACACUGUAA